AUGACACAUCAUAUUACAUCUGCAUACAAUUUUUGUCGAGUUAAAAAAAUUCAGUAUGAUGGUGUUAAACCAUGCUAUCAAUGUGAAAAAAGAAAUAUAGAGUGUAUUUAUGAAGAAUAUUGUAAAAACGU